CGGGGAGGAGGAGCAUGGCCAGAUCUAGGAGGAAGACAGGGGGCCACUUGUUUACCCAAAGGAAAGAAGGCAGGGGAGCCUAAUUCAAAGGAAUCAAAGUUGUUCUGAGGCCCUCCCUGCUGCCUGUGCCAAGCACAGACUUCCUGCCUCACCCGCUGGUACUCCCUGCUUGUCUUCCAGUCUUCCAGGAGCGACUGCUGGCUGGCCCCUGCACCACAGAAGGGAAGGAGCAGGUGGAAAACUCAGCAUCCAGCAUGGCUUGUGUGUGCCUUAAGCUGCAGUCUAGGAGAUCUUAACUCAGCUCAAUGUAGCCACAGACCAUAGUGCUUAUGACUGGCAGCCAGGAACCAGAAAGUCAGGAUUUAUUCACCUGUUCCACUUCCAGGUUGCACAACUUAGGGAUGUUCAACAUCACCCGAGACUUAAAAGAAACUCUUCGCCAGCACUUCAUCUUCCAGAAGCUGGAGAUCUCCUAUGCCAUAUGCAAGCCAUUUCCCUUCUUGGAAGGCCUCCGAGACAAAUCCUUCAUCUCUGAUAAAAUGUACAUGGAGUCUAUGGAAGCCUGUAGAAAUAUGGUCCCUGUAUCCAAAGUGGUCUACAACAUUCUCACCAAAAUGGAGGAGCCAUUUAAUCUGUCAUUUCUGGAAAUGUUGUUCAGUCAGAUCAAUCUACGUGAAUACCCCAACCUGGUGGCAAUUCAUAGGAGCUUCAGAAAUGUUGUCGCUUCCUGUGGAGGAUGGAGAGGAGCCACAGUGACCGUCUUUGAAGUCCCAACCAACUCAAGAGGUAGAAGCCCCCAUCAGAACCUGCUGCCACUGCCUGCACCCCAGCGCCCCCCACUGAGAUGCCCAACCCCUGUGCCCAGAGUCAAUCAGCCCAGUGCAAUCCCACAGCACAGCAAUAAGGUCCUGGACAAGCCACCCAGCUCUGCUGGCCCUGCCAAGGCUCUCCCAAGAGUCAUCCAGGAAGGAAGGACUACUCCAGCCAACUUGACAUCCCGCAUAAAUGAUAAAGAAGACUCACAACAGGUGCCCAGCACUCCCCCUGCUACUGUGCAAGUGUCCAGUGACCACCUGACCCCUCAAGCAAAAGAUAAAGAAGAUGCUCAAGAGAUGCCCCAGGCUCCCUCAGCCCCCGAGCCAGUGAUAAGAAAUGAUUCUCCUGAACCAAAUGAGCCAGCAGAGCCCCAGGAGGCAGCCAGCACACCUCUCAUCAAGAAAGGAAAGAAAAGAAGAAGAAGUAUGUGGUCAGUUCCUAAAAAGAGACAACAGAAAAAAAGACUUUCAAAAGGAACAGCCUCACCUGGUCAAAGAAUCCAAGAGAAGCUUCAAAUGGUGGAUCAGGUGACCCAAAGGAAGGAUGACUCAACCAGGAACCCAAAGGUGGUGAUAAGGACCCAAAAGGCAAGGACAAAAUGUGCCCAAACGUCUGGACCUGAGGAGGUCAGUGAUGACACUUCAGAUAUGAAUGAAACAAAGAGUCCCCAGGACCCACCCAGCACGCCACCAAGAAUCACACAAGGAACCACCUCACCUGUGCCUCAAAUGGUGGAUCAGGCAACUCAAAAGAAGAAUAACUCAACCGGAAACUCAAGGGUGAUGACAAGGGCCCAAAAGGCAAAGACUGAAUGUGCCCAAACAUCUGGACCUGAGGAAAAGAAAAGAAAAAAGGAUGUCUGUUCAAGUUCAACAAUAAGUUGUCAGAAAAAUAUUCCCCAAAAGGAAAAACCCAAAGAUGAUACUGUGGAUUUUCAGUCUCCUACACUUCCUGUGACCUGUGGUGGAGAGACGGGGAUUUUACAUAAGGAGAAAAUGGAAAAAGGAUCCUCAGAGAAGUGCAUUCAGAAUGAGGAGGGAGUUUGGUUCACACCAAGAGAAUUUGAAAUUAAAGGAAGAGGAACAAAAUCAAAGGACUGGAAGCGGAAUGUGCGUUGCAAAGGACAGACCCUACAACGGCUGAUGGAGAAAGGACUUUUGUUCUGUCCUUCAAGAAUAAGUCUCAAGAGAGAGUGGGAAAACUCGAAUGAAUGUGAGGUGUGCUGCAGAGAGGGACAGCUGCUCUGCUGUGACGCCUGUCCACGAGCCUUUCAUGAGGACUGUCACAUCCCACCCAUGGAAGCUAAAAGGAGCCCAUGGAGUUGCACCUUCUGCAGGAUGAAGGAGUCUUCAGGAAGUCAGCAGUAUCUCAGGGGAUCUGAGGUCCUGACAAGGCAGAUGGGGCCUGAGGAGCAGCUGAAAUGUGAGUUCCUCCUCUUGAAGACCUACUGUCACCCACAAAGUGCCUUUUUUGCAAAGAUCCCAAGUAAUAUCCGAGAUUAUGCCGAGCCCUUUAAGGAAGCCAUGUGGUUGGACUUGGUGAAGGAAAGGCUGACUGAGAAAGUGUAUACAGUGGAAUGGUUUGUACGGGACAUACGCCUGAUCUUUCACAACCAUAAAACUUUUUACAAGGCUUCUGCUUUGGGUCAGAUAGGACUGGAUUUAGAGGCAAAAUUUGAAAAGGAUCUCAAAGAAGUGUUUAUUUUUUCAUGAAGCCAGUGAGAACAGUCUCCAGGCUCCUCCUUGACCCCAUUCUGGAAGGACUGAGGCACCUCCACUUCAGGAUUCAGAUGAUGUGACCUUGGUCAUCCUUAGAUUGCCAGUGAGUCUGGGAGGUGAUUAGCUGUCCCCUUGACUCAAAUCCAGGCCCUUCAUAGCAUCAUCACACCUUCUACCUCCUUUUAGUAUUUUUUUUUUUGCAACUAAAAAAUUAUACCUCACACUUAAAAAAUUGAAUACUUCUUUAAUACCAUUAAAUAGCCAACAUAGUUCACAUUCUCCCCAUUUCUUAUAAAUCUUUUUACAAUUGAUUUGUUUCAAUCAAGAUUCAAACAAGUUCCACACACUGUAUUUGGCUACUCUGUCUCUUAAGUCCCUUUCUAUUCUGUAAGUUUGCCAACUUUAUUCCUUGCCAUCUAUUCAUUGGAGAACCUGGGGCUCUUAACCUAUAAAUUUUUUCAUAUUCUGGGCUUUUGUACACUCAUACCACUAUGAAAAAUUUAUUAAGUUGAAUUCUAAGUUUGUAUGGAAUCUAUUUUUGUUUGUUACAUAUUUAAUAUAUCAUUGCAGAUAGUAUUUUUUUAGGAUUUCACAUUUGUAUUUAUAAAUGAGAUUGGUCUAUAAAUUUUUGUAUUUUGCCAUAGUUAGGCAUAGGGUUAUCCUUACUUGGUAAAAUAACUCAUAAGACUUUCUACCAUUUUAUAUGUUCUGGAAUAACAUAUAGUGUUUUAAAGUCAUAAAAUUAUAUAGUCUAGAGUCCUUUAGAGAGGAACUAUGACUGUUUUCUCUGUUUUUUUCAUGGUGAUUAGACUAUUCAGAUAUUCUAUUGCUUUUUUAAAUCAGUUCAACUUUUAUAUUUUUCUAAGAAGUAAUCCAUUGCAUUUGGAUUUUUUUAAUAGUCGGCCUUAUUUAAGUCUCAACUUAUUCUUUCCAUUUUGAAUACUUUCUCUCUCUUUUUUUGGCCUAUAUUUCUUUAUUUUUAUCUUCUAUUCUGGAAGCAUUGUAACAGUUUUUAGUUCUUCUAAUACUUACCUGAAAGUUUUCCAAGUGUAUUGUAAUGUUUGUUUUAAAUGCCAGAGCCAAAAAUAAAAUACCUUUAAUGUGCCACAUGUUUAAAUUAAAGUGUGUGUCCCUCUUGUACCUGUCAGCUCCCUAA